AUGUCAGCGAGUGGGUUUGCACGUGACUUGGAUCUCGAGUUCCGGAACAAGCUCAUCCAUGCCAUGGCUGCCGUGCCCUCCGCUCGUGCCUACAUGGCCUAUGGGUGCUAUGAUGACAUGCAGAGGUGGGGACCAACGCCAAACAAGGCAACCUACUAUGGGCUCAUGGCAGUGUGUGCCAGGGAUGGCGAUGCAGCACGGGCGAUGGCACUGAGGAGGGAAAUGGAGCAUGAGGGCCUGGAGGUGACAACAGCUGUGUAUUGCACGCUGAUCAGCGAACAGUGCAAGGCAGGAGAGUGGGAGGCACCUGUGAAGGCUUUCAGAGAGAUGCGGGCCAAGGCGAGGGGAGGGAUAGAGGUAAGCCUUUCAGGCCAUAGCAGCAGUGUAUGGUGCGCUGAUGAGUUCACAGGGCAAGGGGGGGAAGUGAGAGGCGGCCGUGGAGACGUUCAAAGAGAUGCAACGCUACAAGCAGCAGUGUCAAUCUUCAGAGAGGCUGCAGCUGGGGGCACCUUCCUUCCCGCCUUGACCGCAGACCCCUUCACGUGUUACGUGGUGGGCUGCACGCCCCGUGUCGCGGCUGUUGCAAUCCUCUCGCUGCUUCUGUGCCUUGCCUCGUCCUCCAUUUUCGGCCGUGAUGCCGCGCCACUGCGCAACCUCCUCAUUGUCACAAAACUGCAAGCAACUGUUGAUGCUCUACCACAUGAACCAUGCCCAGGCCUCCAAGGGACGAUGGAGACAAUGCUACAAGUGCUAGGGCUGAAGGGAGAGAGGCUGCAUGGCACGAGCGUGCUGCAGGGGCUGUGUGUUGACAAGGAGGACCUGCGCCUCUGGCUUAAGACGCAAGCUGCACUCGUUUUCGGGAAGUGA